CCUAUAUUUACCCGAGAUCUUCCCCGGGCCAGCAAGGAUGUGAAGCUGGAGAGCCGGUCAGCCCUCGCAGCACGUGAGGGGCGCCUCUGCAAAGGCGGGCAGCCGACCGAGGGGAUCCCGGGAGAGGAGGCGGACACCCAGCGGAGGGAAGAAAUGAGGCAGCGACCGUUCCCGGAGCGGACCAUGCGCGCGCCAGGCCCUCGGAAGCCCGCGCUGCCUCGGCGGAGCCAUUCGGGACAGUGAGCCGGCCGAGCCCGAGUCCCCGGCGUUUGGCCGGAGGGAAGAUGCGGUGAGCCACUGCCAGACUGCUGCGCGGAGCCCGCGGCUGGCAGCCCGACCCAGCACCGGACUGCACUUGAGGUCAGGGGCUGAUUCUGAGGCCAGCCCGGCCGAGGGGCUCUCUGUCUCCGGCACUCCGUGGGGGUGAGGAGUGCGGGACGCUGAGCACACUCGCUAUUGAGUUUCCGCGGUUUCUGGCCCCAGCCCCGAGGAGUGUGUGGGGUGUGUGUGUGUACCUUCUAAACGCUCGUCGAGGAGUUCCUGCAUAUUCUCGCACCAUCCCGGCUGCUUUUACUGGGUUCCCUCUAUUUGCACGCGCGCAUCUUUUUUUUUUUUUUUUAAUUUCUGAAGGCGUUUUCCGCUCCACUUUCGUUCUGUCUUUCAUUUUGCUCUCUUAAGACUCUGUCCUUGUCCUUGCCCAGGCUGGACGAAAUCUGUGUGCGCUAAAUCUGUGUGUGCUCCCCCAACCCGUCCCUAGCCCCCCCACCCAACUCGCAGCUGAAUAUUUUCGUCUUUAAAAAAGGUUCUACCCUACACCUUUCGGCGGGGUUCCCUAACACUACCCCGCAACCCCGCCUCCCAUACUCCCUACCAAGAGAGUUUUAUUUUUCUGUCUUGCCCGGGCCAAGCCCGGCCGGGGCGGGUGGCUCAGCCGGGCUCGCACCCCGCGCCCCGCCGCCGCCUCCCAGUUGUGCGGGGGCGCCCUCCGGAGAUGCUGCCGUGGAAGAAGCACAAGUUCGAGCUGCUGGCUGAGGCGCCGCCACGGCAGGCAUCCAAGCCCAAGGGCUACGCAGUGAGCCUGCACUACUCGGCGCUCAGCUCACUGGCUCGCGCUUGCCCCGAAGGCGCGCUCAGCCGGGUGGGCAGCAUGUUCCGAUCGAAGCGCAAGAAGCUGCACAUAACCAGCGAGGACCCCACUUACACCGUUCUCUACCUUGGCAAUGCCACCACCAUCCAGGCGCGCGGCGAAGGCUGCACGGACCUAGCGGUAGGAAAGAUCUGGAGCAAGAGCGAGGCGGGCCGUCAGGGCACCAAGAUGAAGCUGACUGUGAGUGCUCAGGGUAUCCGUAUGGUGCAUGCCGAGGAGCGCGCGCUGCGCCGCCCGGGCCACCUCUACCUGCUGCACCGCGUUACCUACUGCGUUGCGGAUGCGCGGUUGCCCAAGGUCUUCGCCUGGGUGUACCGGCACGAGCUCAAGCACAAGGCGGUAAUGCUGCGCUGCCACGCGGUGCUGGUGUCCAAGCCCGAGAAGGCGCAGGCCAUGGCCCUGCUGCUCUACCAGACGUCUGCUAACGCACUAGCGGAAUUUAAACGGCUCAAACGGCGGGACGAUGCGCGCCACCAGCAGCAGGAACUAGUGGGCGCGCACACCAUCCCGCUCGUGCCACUGCGCAAGCUGCUUCUGCAUGGACCGUGCUGCUACAAACCACCAGUGGAGCGCAGCCGCAGCGCGCCCAAGCUCGGCUCCAUCACUGAGGACCUGCUGGGCGAACAGCAGGAGCAGGAGCUGCAGGAGGAAGAGGUAGAGGAGCACACCGAGGGCUUCCUGGAGGAGGAGGAGGACCGUGCCGGGGAGGGUGAUUCGGCAGAGGAAGGCGAGGCGCAGCGGGCACUAGUGGUGGCCAUGCACUUUGAAUGUGGGGACUUGCUGGACACACUGGAGAGUGGCCGCGAGGAGGCGCUGGGGGGUGGCGGGGUCUCGCUGGGCCCAGGGGCUGGGCCACCGCCUCUGCUCCUGGGCAGCGCCUCCGACAUGAAGGCCGAGCUGUCGCAGCUCAUUAAUGAUCUGGGCGAGCUCAGCUUCGGCAACGACGUGCGCAGCCUACAGGACGACUUGCGGGUAACGCGCUUGCUGUCCGGCGAGAGCACCGGCAGCGAAAGUUCCAUCGAAGGCGGGGGCCCAGAUGCCACUUCUGCUACCGCGGGGGAUGGGUCUGGCCCAGCUGAGACCGCCAGCCCAGACGAGCCCCUCUCGGGCUGAGCUCCCACCAGCUCCUGCGCGCGUCCCUGGCACCCCACCCACCGUGCCUCCCCACAACCUUCUUAGUCCCUCACCUCCCACCACCCUCGCCCGCCCCCAGGGAACAGGAUAUAGGACAUUUGAGGUCCAGAGUUCUACCUGGCCCUCUCCCUCAACAUCUUUGGCUCCGUUUGAAGCGGGGCUCAGGUUGCACGUGGAGAUGUGGGGAGGUGUGCGCCGAUGGGGAGGGCAGACCCUACAAGGAGAGAGAAGCAGCCCUCUAGGGUGCAGGGUGAAAGAAUGGCCUGCCGAAGUUAGCCAAGGCCGGCAAGAGGUGUCUGCGGGCCAGUUUCCUGUUUGUGGGGCAGCUGGGGCCCGAGAAGGAGGGGUUAACUUCCUCCUCCCACCCCCUAAUUGGGAGCGGCUUAGUGCUUGUCAUUGACAGGUCAUUUGAAAAAAAAGAAUUUGCUCUCACAACGUUUGAGGCUUUCAUGCCACCUCCUUGCCCAUCUUUUUGGUCUUUUUGGUGCAGGAGCUUGGGUUGUUUACCUCAGAUUCAGACCGUUGAAAUUCUGCCAAAUUCCUCAAAUAACUGUUGAGGGUAGAGGAGAUGAAAGUAAGUUGCAUUUUUGUUUACAGUUAAAGACAUCUAUAUCUAAGAAAAAGGAGUUUUCCUUUAGAAACACACCUUCCUCCUGCUCAAAAGAUCUCACUCCAUGAUACUGUGUAAAAUAUUUUUGCACUGUUGUGAAGUAUUUUUGACAUUUUUUUUGUACAUAACUGUUCUCGGAGUUGAAUGUUUCUAUCUUUUGCUGUGCAAAAGGGACAUGUAAAAAUGUUCAAUUGUAUAUACAGAAAUGUGUAUAAAGCAUUUUGUUAUUUUUUAA